AUGGUUGCCGCCGGAUCUAUCACCGUUGCGGUUCGAGUCCGCCCGCCCAACGCCUGGGAGGCAGCCCGUCUACCAGAGCCAGUCUACGACCAGUCCAUUCGAGGAGAUGGAACUCUUUCUGCCCCUGGCCCGUCCAAGCACUCUUCCGCUCUCAGAGAUAUUGUUCAAAUUGUCGAUGAUCGGAUCCUUUGCUUCGAUCCCCGCGACCCUGAUGCUUCCAGGUCAUUCUGCGAACGUGGCUUCCUGCCUCCCGGAACGAAGCGAUACAAAGAUAAACGUUUCAUGUUCGACAAAGUCUUCAACAACGAAGCCUCACAGACGGACGUUUACGAAGCAACAGCUAAACCUCUCCUAACUCCCUUACUGAACGGCUUCAACGCCACCAUCUUCGCUUACGGAGCGACCGGCUGCGGGAAAACGCACACUAUUAGUGGAACCGAAGCAGACCCGGGGAUCAUAUAUUUGACAAUGGCCGACCUGUUCCAACGCAUCGAAGACCGUAGGGACGACUACAAUGUGGAGGUCAUCGUUACCUUUCUCGAGAUUUACAACGAAGAGAUCCGGGAUCUCCUUGCCGACAACUCCGAUCGACCUGCUCCUCGAGGCGGCCUUCAAAUCCGCGAGGAUAAGACUGUCAAAGUAGCGGGUUUAGUCGAGCUCAAACCCAGGACAGCCGAAGAAGUCAAGGAGAUAGUUCUGCAAGGGAAUCUCCGCAGAACCCAGAGUCCCACUCAUGCCAACGAAACAUCUUCACGAUCCCAUGCCGUGCUUCAGAUUCACGUCACACAAUGGCCCAGGACAGCAGCCUUGACAGAGGAACGUACAAUGGGUACCUUGUCAAUUAUUGAUCUUGCAGGAAGUGAACGCGCUGCAGCAACAACCAACAUGGGUCAGCGCAUGGUAGAGGGUGCUAACAUCAACAAGUCCUUACUGGCGUUGGGCAACUGCAUCAACGCGUUAUGUGAAAGCGGAGGUGCCACCCGUCACGUACCGUACCGCAACUCCAAGCUUACGCGACUGCUCAAAUUCUCCUUGGGGGGAAAUUGCAAAACCGUGAUGAUAGUAUGCGUCGCUCCAACAUCCAACCAUUUCGACGACACACAUAACACGCUGCUCUACGCCGACCGCGCAACGAAGAUCAAGACCAAGGUCGUCACACGUAAUGUCGUUAACGUCGACCGACACGUUGGUCAAUACGUGGAGGCGAUCAAUAGGCUGAACAUAGAAGUGGCUGAACUUAAGGCGAGGCUUGCUGGAAAACGCGAUGCGGAGGCAGAAGUUGCGAGGAGGAGGUCCGUGGAGGCGAAGGCAGAAGUCGAGCGCGCAAAGGCCGACAUAAUGAACAAAGCGAAUCAAACACGGACCUCAAUCGUUGACGGGGCUGGUUGUUCUGGACGGCUCGCAGCGGCGUCUAUCCGGUUGGAAGUCACUCGUUCGAGGCUGGCUCAGCUUGAUGCCAUGGGCCCCGGGCCCCUUGCGGCGGAUCUGGAGCUUGAGCGAGAACUGCUGCGCGGACUCGCCGGUCCGGAGGAGGAGAUGCUCAAGCCUGGUUCAGCGCUGAACGUACGAUUGCAGCGAUCGACGAACUCCGGAAAUCUAUUCGAUGCUAUGCUUAAGGCCGUCACGGAGCGCAAGUCAGAUAAGCUUGACGAAGCGAGCGUGGAGAAUGUGAAGUUAGACGCCCGGUGGCGCAAAUCCGAGCUGGAGCGGAUCAAGGCGGACGCGGAACGCGACGCGCUUCGAGACGCGCUUAUCGGUCAGGCGCAAAUGGUGGUCAAUCUUGUCGGGAUGAUGGGAAGGUGUACGGUCAUGUUGGGAGAGGCAAGUCGCGCAUUAGGGUUGGCUGCCGCAAACAACGUGGACGAUCUGGGUGCUACCCUGAAGUCCCUUGGAGCGAAGCUUGGCGUUGUAGCGGAGAGUAACGACGAGGCGUUCAAGCACCUGGUUGGGGUGUCUUCCGCGGCAUACGCUGCUAACGCGGCUGGUAGCAUCGAUAGCUUCCAUGGUCAUGCAACCACGCUCUCUCGACCGACGCCGGGUAUCUCUGCCCCUUCCUCGCUGAAGCCCAAAGGCACAAGGCGUUCGUCCCAGGGUUUAGCAGUCGGCUCUCCCGCGCGGAAGUUGCACAGAAGCUCGCCACGGAAGGGCCGGGCAAGUUUGACCGGCGCUCAUGCACCUCACUCGCGGCGGGUGUCGUCCUCCGAGGUGAAGAAGAAGAGUGUCCAGUGGAAGGACGAAGCUGGUCAGGGUAGUUUGGACGAUGGAGGUGGUAAUCCCUUUCAGAUCAGCACCAUUCCGGACGUUUCUGUGAUCGCCUCCAGUCCACUUCCUGACGACUCUGGAACUGGUUUACGUCGGCCUGCAUCAGUCGCUGGUUCUGAAAGUGAAUGGGAGGACGAGAGGACCGAUGACAGUGUUCAUGCGAGCUUCAGUGGCUUUAGUAGCCGUCAGGAUUCGCUCUCUGGGUCAACAUUACCACUCCCCAGUGCGAGUCACCAGAGGACAAGUCGCCUUGGCUCCGCGUACCUUAAAUCACGGGGAUCGACGUUAAGCAGUCUAGCCGAAGUCGAGGGAGAAAAUGGCACGCCCAUGCGCCCAUCGCCAUUAUCAGACCUCAGCCUGAACCGGAUGCGCGGGUCAGCAGAGAGCAGCAAUAGUUCUAGCAGCUCCGAAGGUCCUAGCACACUACAUGUCCCCAAAGGUCGGGAGAGGCACGCAAUCACGCCUGCCAAACGCGCUCCCGCGAUGCCAAGGGUGGUCGGAUCUGCUGCCAAGUCUGGCCGACGACGCUCAAACAUCGGUCCCCUCCGUCACGAGAAGCAGAGGAGACGUUCAAGCCAGAUUCCCCAGCUUUCUCCGAGGGCUAGCCUUGAAGGGAAUACCAGCCUGAGCGUCGACCUUGGUUCCGUUUCCACCAGCGGUGCCGCGAAGAGGGUCAUAAUCGAUGGCAUGCGGAGUCCGCCGAAGAGGGCGAAGAGGAUGAGUGUGCUCGGUGCGGCCUCCAAGGCGUUGAAACCGAGAACUGUUGGCAACUCGCCCAUGGCGGAUCCCAACCUCAGCCUCGGGCCUAAACCGACUUGGCGAUGAAGUUUGGUCGUCAUUUCUCGGAGAAUUAGGCGAUUUUCUGGGCAGGGUUCUGUUAGACCGGAUCUGCAAUCCUCAUCGGGAUGAAUUGGAAUAGGGCACCUCGUGAUGCUCCGCUUUGUGCACCACUGUUUUGUCAUACCUAAUCGUCUACCUUGUAGAACUAGUUGAUACCCCUAUGUGAACG